CUCUAAUUGUCAUGACUCUUCCUUCCCGUUAGUAUCGCUGCGUCCACACGCUCUGCCGGAUCAUUGUAAGCGACGGGCGGCUGUGUCCGCGCGUGAUUUCGGUUCGGCUGCUGUGGGCGGCACUGAGUGGCGAACAGAGGUUCCGCGGGGUUAAUUGCUGUUAUUUAAUUCGGCGUCGGGAGAUGGAACCAUCCUGUCGUAAGGAGAAGCCAAAGCCAAAGGAGCCACCCUAUCGAGGGGAUAAAGCCAAACAGAAAUCUGCUUUACAAGAGCUCAAACAGAGGCAGCGGGCUGAGAUCUACGCCUUGAACAAAGUAAUGACCGAGCUGGAACAACAACAGUUUGAGGCUUUCUGCAAACAGAUGCAGUCGCAGAAUGACUGUGGACAACACUGAUAGCUUGACACUCUACAGCCCAGGAAUAGGCAGAUUUUGUUUCUUAAAACACUAAAUGCUAAUGCAGAGCAACACAUUUCGAAACAAGAAAUUCUGGCCUUUGCUUAUAAGACAACUUCAAAAUUUAAGGCAAAAAAAAUCAACUCGUCUCGGAUCACAAUUUUUGUUUUGGAAGGAGAAUAGAAAACGUGUUGAGUUACUUUGUCUCCACAGAAGAUUGUUAAUCGACAAAAUUCUCUUCCACAGAAAGCAGUGGAAGCAGGGUUGUUGAAUAUUUUUAAGGCAGAGAUAGAUAGAUAGAUAAAUUCUCAAUUGAAUGAGUAUCAAGGUUUGGUAGGUCAGUACAGUUAACACCACAAUGAGAGCGGCUAUGAUCUUGUUGAAUGGCUGAGCUAGUUAAAAGGGUCAAAAUGUCUUUUGCCUACUCCUAAUUGACAUGCUCCUUCAAGUUAAAACAUUUCAAGUUAAUGUAAAGCUAGGGUAGCAAUCGACUGAAGUUGUGCUCCUUAUUUCUGUCUGGUGUUUCAUUUUGCUUCUGUAUGGAUGUGCCAAUACUGGAUGAAGGCUAGCUGGACUUCAGCUGCCAUGACUUGCUGAAAUAGCUUUCCAUUAACUUUCUACUCAAGCUAAGUCAAGAAUGAAUGGCCUGCGAGAGAGUUACCAAGGAAAUGUCCUCUCCUGAAUCUAGAUUUUUUAAACAGAGCUUCAAUACUGAUUCAGCUUCUGUAGCUCUGUGAGAAUGAUGCCAGCAUUUACCAUUUCAAGUAAGCGGAGAUGAAUCAUCUUUGUGUGCAGUUCCUAUAUUUAAAUAUCAUGCUGUAAACUCUUUGGAUAGAAGAACAAGAGGAUUUUUGAACCAUUGAGGCUGCUGCCCCCAGUGUCCAAUGUUAUUAUAUUAUGGACUCCAUCCUAAACCGCCAUUUCCUGCUGACCUCUCAAUAAGUAAUACACAAUUCCUCUUCGCUGUCUCCCCUGAAAUGUAUCAAGCAAUGCUUGUAUGUUUCUAACCUACAAACACCCUCCUCCUUGACAGAAACCUCAAUGGUGAACUCUGAGUCAAAACUUGAAUGUUCUUCAUUCAGGAGUCCCUACCAAUUGUGCAGUAUCCUGGAGGGGGAGAAAAUGUUUUCUCUGAUCUCAUAUUGAGUAUAGAAUCCAUGCAAUGUAAGUGCAGGCCAUUCUUUCCAUUAAGUCUGCACUAACCCUGGGAAGGGCAUCCCACCCAGACCCACCCCCUACCCUAUUUUUGCAGCCCUCGACACUGGGCACUUUAUACAGCUAACCUGCAUAUCCUGGAACUGUGGGAGGAGACCAGAGCACCCAGAGGAAACCCACAUAGAUAUGGGAAGAAUGUGCAAUCUCCACACAGACAGUCGCCCGAGGCUGGGAUCAAACAGGGUCUGUGGCGCUGUGAGGCAGCAGUGCUGACCACAGCCACCGUGCUACUCCACCAGUUUUUUUGAGCUUCGUGAAGCUUAUAAUUGUGUCCUCAUAUUUUAUACUUGCUUUCAACAAAGGUAUCACUCUCCCAAACCUGAAGAGCUGAGAAACUUCAGUUUGCACCCCAAGUUAGGACACUUCAGAGCCAAGCAAUGAGACUUCAUUCUCCAACUUCACAGUGCCAAUAGCCAUGGGUUUUUAAAUCCAUCAUUUUGUGUCAUUGGCACCUGAGGUCAAUAAAUUUUAAAGAAUGUUUGGAGAAUUAUUCCUAAACUCUCUAAUUGAACGCUUCCUUUGUCAGUGAAUUUGUUUUGAACAGAAGAGUUUUACUUAGCAUAAAUGUUGGUAGCAUCCAGGGAUGGUGUUCCAUCAUUCACUCUGACUUAACUGCCAAUUGAGAAGGCCAGAGAUGUCUUCCUUUCACCCUCGCCCUUUGCUUUGGACAGAAUAUUGAAGCAGUGUAGUCAAGAUAAGCGCCUGUUAUGAUGAGGGCUGGGAUCAGCACAAUUUUACUGUAUAGAUUUUGAAAUGUAAGCUGUAAUGACCAGAGUCCUCCUUGGAGACUGCCAUUCAGAAUGGUAGCACAGGAAUAAUGAGUCAUUGGGAUAACUACUUGCAUGGUGCUAAUGUGACUAGUGGUAGUGGUACUACUUGUAGUAAUGUGACACAGGCCCAGCCCAAUGGAUCGAGGGCAAGGGUUCAAAACUCCCCACAACAGCUGAUGGGGUUUGAAUUCAAUAAGUAAAUAUAAAGGUAGUCCUGGUUACAAUUAGAUACACGAAUAGUAAAGAUAUUCGGGGAUAUGGGCCAAAAUCACGCAGGUGGGACUAGUUUCCUUUGGGUUUAUGGUCGGCAUGGACUGGUUGGAACUAUGACACUGACCCUGAUAACUAUCAUCAGCUCUUGCAAAAUCUUAUCUGGUUCACUGAUGUCAUUUCAGGAAGAGAAACUGCCAUCCUUGCCCCAUUUUUGACUCCUGAUCUACAGGAAUGUGAAGAACUCUUAACUGCUUUUUGCCUAGUAGGUCAUUCAGUUCGAGGGCAACCAGGGAUGCGUAAGAAAUACUGGAAUUGCCAGCAAAGCUGUUUACUCAAGAAAACAUUUAAAUCAUCUUUUACUUCAUUUUUCAACUAACAAGACUUUUUCAUUGUGCAUCAUUCAAGAAAAUUUGUAUUUAUAAAUAUUUUUGAUCAACCUUUUCAGACUUGUUAUAACACAUCUCUGGACCAGGUGGGACUUGCACCCAGGUCUUCUGGCCAUGAGAGAGUGACACUACCAUUGCACCUCCUGAUGUCUAUUUAUAUACUGGUAUUUAUGUUUUGUUGUAUUUAUUGUGAUUUUAUCGUGUAAUUUGUAAUUUGUGUUGUUUCAACGCCCUGGAGAAAAUGAUAUCUUCCACUGAAGUGACCUUGAAGAAAGUUUCAGCUGGGAGUGUGUUAGGUGGGAUACUUCAUUAGUAAAUUGCCCAUUGUCGAUGUAAUAAAAGAACUUGUGAAGUUAUUUUAUGUUAAAA